AUGCAUCCUAUGCAGUUUGGCACCCGAGACGCUGGGCGCAAGCCGCCCUUGAAGCGCGCCCGCGUUGAGGGCGAUAUUACGCUAGCUGCCGCAUGUGAUUCUACAGCCAACCCAUCCAGCAGCUUACCGAUCGAUCAUUUUACCCAAUGCCUCGAGAAGCAUGUUUUUCCACACGUUGACGCGCCGAUAUCGAGGCUUUCGGCUGAGGAGGUGAACACUCUCGAGAUCGGAAAGCGCGUCAUUGCAAUCCUUACCGGGCCGGAAUUUACCAAAGAAUACAUUAAAACAGGAGGAAACAUCAGUCCGGAGUUCGAAGCCAAGUUAGCUCGGCGGGCUGAAGCUGAAGUUCAGGCGCUCUCGAAGCAACCGACUUCCUCGGUCAGAAUCUCGACCUUUCUCGCCGAAAUUGCUAAGCGCAGCAGACCCUCUCACUUCGGCUCUUCCUUCGCAGCCUUCUCCGAGACAACACCAACACCGGCUCUCCCCUACGAAGCCUCAGUCCAAUUGCGUUCCCACUCCAAGCCAGCCAGUGACAAACGGUCACACCAGGACCUCCAGAAAGGAAGCAAAGAUCCGAGGAAGGAUCUGAUGAAGGUUCUACGGGUCAAUCAGCAAUACGUACCCGUUGUCGUGAAAGCUAUAGCCAAGACAAAGAGGUUGCCAGGAAGGACAGAAUCCGAUCUGGCCAAUCUAUUCCAAGACCUUGUCGCUUAUGGGCCUAGGCCAAAGCCAGAAACCCUGAAGAUUGAGAGGGAUCACGAUGACCAGCACGGUGACUUCGUACGCUCAAGUCGUCUCAAUUCCCUUCUCUUCGCGAGAGAAAUCUGGGGCCAGCGAGGGUUUGUGACUAUGAGAACAUUGGAAAACUUCAACAACGACUUUCGCAAGUGUCGAGAGGAUGAGCUUGAGCGAAGAGCGUACUGGCUGGGGUGCGCGGGAGACGUGGUGACCAUAUCUUGGGUCUCCAACAACAGUUUCAUAUGUGGGACUACUGAUCAUUCAGACUCCCAUAAUCAGCAAUAUAACAAGCCCGGCAAUCUUGUCUUUGGCUCCUGCGAUUCCUGGACCCUCCAGGCUUACCCCGAUCAUCGCAUUGUCCGCCCGAUCGUCAAUGAUGGAGAGAACUCAACCGAGGACAUGGUGCAAAGCCAGAGCCCAUGGCUGUAUACAUCGGUGGUCUCUUCUGAUUUUGACCAUCUCCAUGGGCUGGCUUUCACGUCUGGAUUUGACCGAAUGGUCAAGAUCUGGCGCAUCGAUAAAGCCGGUACUUCUAUGAUGGUUGUGGGAGAAUGGCGGCAUGAUGGCAACGUUAACUUUGUCGUCGCCUCCAAGCACCCCGCUGGCUUGGUUGCCACUGCUGCUGAUGUUGUAGCAGACGCAGUUCGGAUCUACACUAUCGACCAAGACAAUAUUUCCAUGAGCCCAUUCCGUUCUUUCUCCUGCUCUCGUGUUACUGACCCUGACGGCAGCGUUGUGUCGACAGAGAAAUGGGCAUACUUUCCGGCAACGAUGCAAUGGGGACUUGAAGAAUCCGUUAAACACCUCCUUUUGGUGGGCUACUCCCCCAGGAGCCUCACUGGGAAUGACAUGGAUAUUCCGGAGGAUCGUCAGAAGUCUGGUGAACUAUGCCUCUGGGAUGGGUUGACAGGGAAGCGAUGGCGAAUCACCUCUGCUACAACUCAAAACGUGUUUGAAGUGCUUUGGCACCCAACUCAACCGUGGUUUGUCGCCGCCACAACCCCUCUGGGCCUUGAUGUGGAUCCUGGCGUGCGAACACAGAUCAGGAUUUUUCGCCCAAUCGAUCUGCAAGACGCUGGUGGUCCGGCUUUCAGCCCGAUAUGGACACUUGAUUGUCGAGCUCUCGACAUCAAUGAGCUCACGAUCAUGCCUAAUAGCACCAUAUUUUGCUACAUCACUGCGGGAUGCACUGACGGCUGCACCUACGUUUGGGAUACAGGUCAGAAGAGUAACAGGCCGAUUCGCAUCCUUCGACAUGGUGAUCCUGUGGAUGAAGUUCCAGGAGACAGAGAGAAAGAGGACAUUGGUGUCAAGUUCACUGCUUGGGGCACCACACUCGAUCGCUUCUACACCGCUUCCUCAGAUGGCGUCCUUAAAGUCUGGAACAUCCGGUCUGAAAACAACCCACAUGUGCGAGACUUGCUCCGCGCUCCUGCUGCAAUAACAGCGGGCAUGUUCUCUCCCGACAAAUCAAGGCUUAUCAUCGGCGACGCCAGUGGCCGCGUUCACUUGCUCUCCGUUAACGAACAGGACGAGAGACCAGCAACUGUACUCAAGCUUCCCGGUUCGGAUAUCGUCAGGAUCCGGCAGCCUACAAUCACUCUGCAUCCAGAACCCCCGCCUCCGACUUAUGACGCUCGUGGUCGACCGAUCUUGAGCCAUUCUGGUGUCGAGAUCGGUCGAGCUUACCUCGAAAACGAAUAUCUCGAGCGGCAUCCGGACCCCACCAUCGGUGUCGUCCAGGGGCCGCGUUACGCUAAAACGGGUCUUUUCCGCCGAGAGGCGCAUUUUCUUGAAGAUCCGUCACAGCCGUUGCUUGCACAUUUCGAAGUACACCAACAGGAAGCCAACAAGGGAUUCUCAGGCAGAAGACGCGAGCAAUUCUUGUCCCUGAGGCCCGUUAAGGAGGUAGAAGGGUUGAGGGAGAAGCAUGCCAGGAAUAAGGCGAUGAAUUUCGAUAUCAAUGCGCUGGAUGAGGAGACGAUAACAGGGUUGCUUUGCGAGGGAGCGGACUUGGAGCUUGGGGAGGAUUAUGUGCUGGAGUAUGAAAGUGAGUGA